AUCAAUCCAUUUCAUCAACUUCAACGAGAGAGAGAGAGAGAGAGAGAGUAAAGGGAGAGUAACCAAACCCUAAUUUCCAUCUUCUCCUCUGAUCUGAAAAGUGAAAAGUUCCCUCUACUCGAAAAGCUCCCAUGGCGUUUCGAAGAAACUGUGGGUUGGAGCUCUUGGUAGCUUCUUUAACUCUAACCUUUGUUCUGAUUAACCUGGUGGAGGCGAACUCAGAUGGAGAUGCUCUAUACGCUCUUCGACAGAGCUUGUCGGAUCCAGACCAUGUGCUCCAGAGCUGGGAUCAGAAUCUCGUCAAUCCUUGCACCUGGUUCCAUGUCUCCUGUAACCAAGACAGCCGCGUCACUCGUGUGGAUUUGGGUAAUUCAAACCUUUCUGGACAUCUUACCCCUGAGCUUGGCAAGCUCGAACAUCUACAGUAUCUGGAGCUGUACAAAAACAACAUCCAAGGAACUAUACCUUCUGAACUUGGAAACCUUAAAAGUCUCAUCAGCUUGGAUCUUUACAACAACAAUCUUACCGGGCAGAUUCCUACUUCUUUGGGGAAGUUGAAGUCUCUGGUCUUUCUCCGCCUCAAUGACAACCGGUUGACUGGUUCAAUCCCUAGAGAGCUCACCAAAAUUCCAAGCCUUAAAGUCUUUGAUGUGUCGAACAAUGAUUUGUGUGGAACUAUCCCAAUAGAAGGACCUUUUGAACACAUUCCUUUGGAGAACUUUGAGAACAACUCGAGAUUGGAGGGACCGGAGUUACUCGGUCUUGCAAGCUACGACACCAACUGCAACUGAGACAACUGAGACAACACUUCACCACUUUUAUCAAAUCUCACAUCUAUUAUUAUUGUAAUAAGUAUAUAUAUGUCAGUAGUUGAAAAACAAAGAAGCAAAAAAAGAGCCCAAAGACUGGUGUCUGUUUAAGUAAAAACAUAUACAUGCGACUUUCGUGUGUUUUGCAUUGAGAAGUAAUAUUGGUAUUGGUAGCAAGUUCUGCAUUAACACUUGUGUAAGGUCUGUCAUAUAAAGCAAAAAUGGUUUGGAUA